AUGGACCAGCAAAAUCAGUAUUAUCCACAAAAUCAGGGAGGCUAUCCUCCUCCAGGCGGACCAUACGGCCAAGGCGCACCUCAGUAUCCUCAAGGGGUCUACAACGGGCAAGCACCUUACGGCGGACCUCCCCAAUCCAUGGGUUAUCCCGCCCCCGGCCCACAAGAGGUAGUGGUCAAAAAGGAUGAAUCGGGGAUGGGAUGUUGCGGGACCUGUAUGGCCUGUUGUGCGGGAAUGUGCGCUUGUUGCGCAUUGGACGCGAUCUUCUGA